AUGUUCUACCUCGCUCAUGGAUUUAAGAGAGAGCUUCCAGAGACCAGAGAGAAAAAAGUACUUAAACAGGAGCGCGGAGUGGGUCAUGUCCGUGGUGGAGUUUGCCCUGUAGGUGGUGUCAUGGUAAUAUUCACGGAUUGGCUUCUGUCUCCUGUCAUCCCAAGAAGCACCUGUGGUUUGUCAAUGGCUGGCGAAGACACUGGUUUGGAGGCUGUAGCCUCGCCGAUGGUGGGGUAUUUGGGAAAAGUUCAAGAAAGAGCCGCGUCCCUGGACCAAUGUCCCUGGUGCUGUUCCAAAGGUCUGACUUAUCCUCUGCGCUCCUAUCGCAUAAACUUAGAAGAGUCCAUCACACUUUGCACAAAUCCUCAGUGCCUGUUCCCGUUGGUCAGUCGUCCUCUGGAGGAUGUUUUGUCCAGCUUGGUCUUAGUGGAACCAGCGACUGAAGACGACAGGAAUAAGCCACUAACACUUGUAGACGAUAAACCCAGUCCCUCGUCUCCAAAGCGGCUUCAGGAAGAGUCCUCUCAAGGCAGCGAGCGAGAUGGAGAAAACCACUGUACAAACACUGUCUCUCUGGAUGGAAUCUCCAGUUUACCAGACGGGGAUGUCUCUCCUCCACCUGCGCAGACAGAAGCAACAAUUGAGCCCAUGUUGUCUGCAGAGAACACUGUGGCACUUACGGAUUAUGUAGUUAAUUCAGAAAUCAAGGACAUAUCCCCUGAGGAGAAGCUUGUUCCAGCUCCAGUUGAGAUUUUCUGGAGAAAUAAGAAGAACCUUUGCUGGUUGGACUCUCUGCUUGUAGCGCUGGUGAAUUUAAAGAGUCUGAGGAACUUAAAACCUCCAGCUGAGCCACAACAGUCACCAGUGUGGAGAGUUUUGUCAACCUGUGAUGAGGCAAAUGCAGCCAUCCAGAGUCAACAACAGCCGGACAAAGAUGGUUCCAUGAAAGUCCCGCGUCAACUGUUAAAAACCGUCAACACGACCCUGGAGACGCUCCGCAUGUCGGUCUUUGAUCUGCUGCAGCCAAAGCUUCAAUGCAAACUCGGACAAAAAGAAUCUCCGGUUUUCGCUCUGCCGCUUUUACUCAAGUUGGAUCCGUGGCUGGAGUCGUCGUUCCAGGCCUCGUUCCGCUGGGAUUUUAGAUGCUCUUCUUGCAAAAGCAGCACGAGAGAAAAUCUUGUGAAGACUCUUCCCAGUUUCACAAACAUCGUUCCUGACUGGCAUCCGCUCCGAGCGUCUCACCUCGCUCCCUGCAACAACUGCCACCAGAAAAACCAGCGCAGGAGGAUGGUGCUGCAGGGAGCUUCUCCUGUGUUCGUGCUGCACUUUGUGGAGGGACUUCCCGAUAACAACAUCCAAGUUUAUAAUUUUAACUUCAAGAAAAGGCACUACUCGGUCACAGCCGUCAUUCAGUAUAGCAGUCACCAGGAGCACUUCGUCACGUGGGUGCAUCGCUCUGAUGGGUCUUGGUUGGAGUUUGACGAUUUGAAACAUCCGCACUGCACAUCGCACCAGACUUUCCCGGUCCCAGCUCAGGAAAUCCAUAUCGUUUUCUGGGAGGAAGAGCAGCGGCAGGAGUCCCGAGCCUGCUCCCCCUCCAGCACCUCCACCGAAACCCCGCUAUCCACAAAUCGCAUCCACCCCAGUGUGAAGGACUUGGAUAAUAUCGCACAAGAGUUGUUCCAAAGCUCUCCGGAUCAGUCGCUUCUCCACCCUCAAAACACUUCGGAUAUUGUGGAUGGUAUUUCGGAACAGGAUGCCAGCAUUAUGGCAGAGGUCGACACCACAAUCGGGUACAAGCUCCUGAAAAAGCUCAAAGCAAAGAAGAAAAAGCUAGCACAGUUAAACGAAAUGUUGGGAGAGGCCAGACCGGACAGCACCAAUGCCUUCUCACCAGGCAGCGUCACCUCCAGCACUUUAGACGACGAGUUUCUCUCCGAUCUCUUUUCUCCGGCGACUACGGUGACUAGCACUCGAUCUCCCGACAGCACGGACUUUCUAGAGAUGUUAGCAAAUGGGCAAGAAGCUAGCGUCAGCAUGGAGAUGAGCCAGAGUACGCAGAUGCAGCAGAAUACAGGCAUGGAGACGAAUGACUUUUUGGACGAAUUCAUGUCCCAAGCCGUCGCGGAAAGACCGGGCGAAAUGGAAGAGGAUCCGCUCAUGGAGUUGGGUGUCACUUGA